UCCCUCCCUCAAAGAGCCUCCCUUUUUAGUUUUUAUUCAUCUCCCCAAUUAUUUUCAUUUCCAAUUUUUUUUUUCCCACAUUUCAGAAGCAUACAUAAGAAGUGCCCCAACGGAAAAGUCCAUUCCCUGUCUGAUUGCUUUUGCUCGAGAAAAAACCACACAUAACAGUUGCUGCUUCACAUCUUCCAAAAUGUACGCUUUUGUUUUGCUUCGGCAUUCACAUGUCUCUUCCACAGCUUCUUCCCCAAUGCUCUGCUUGUCGAGGAAAGUGGGUUUUUAGGCUAAAAGUUUUGAACUUUGAUGGAUUUUGGGUUGGUGGAUUUGGAUUCUUUGGUGGGUUCUUCUUCUUCUUCUUCUGGGUUUGGUUCUACUGUCUCAGAUCCCCUGACAAAGCAGAAGCUGUACGGAUCUGGUUUGUUUAGGAAGCAAGAAAGGCCUGUGAAUGAUGAGCAUCAUGAUCAUGGUGAUGAUAAGGAUGAUGGGUCUUUGAAGGGUUGCAAGAGAAUGGCCAAGGCAGUUGGUGAUGGUUUGUCCGGUUCAGACAACGGCAAGUCCAUGUCUCUGUUAAGAUCCAACUGUUCUCCUCUGUUCUCUGCCGCCGCCGCCGCCGCCGCCGCCGCUCCUCAGCAUCACCCAGAAGACCAGAUGCUGAGUUUCUCUUCCCCCAAAUCAAAUGCCCAAAACGCAAACUUGCUGUCUUAUUUUCAGCUCUCAACAGUGUCUCCUUACAGUACUAGAAAUGCAGGCUGCAACAAUGGGUUCACACAGUCGCAGUGGAUAGAGUUGGAGCAUCAGACACUGAUUUAUAAGUACAUGUGCGCUAACAUUCCCAUACCCUCUGCGCUGCUUUUGCCCAUCAGAAAAGCCUUUGAAUCUGCUGGUUUGUCUUGUUUAAGUGGAGGCUUGUUGAGGUCGAACGCCUUGGGAUGGGGAGGUUUCCAUCUAGGAUUCUCAAGCAACGCAGAUCCAGAGCCAGGAAGGUGCAGAAGGACUGAUGGGAAGAAGUGGAGGUGCUCGAAAGAUGCGGUACCUGACCAGAAGUACUGUGAGCGGCACAUGAACAGAGGUCGCCACCGUUCAAGAAAGCCUGUGGAAGGCCAAGUUCAAGGCCAUUCCUCUUCUGCUGCCAUGGCCAAGGCAUCUGCCGCUGGUGGAGCAACUUGUGCCAGUGGCAUUGCCUCCAAGAACACUACCACCUUUGCUCUAUCACAGAAUCAGCCCAAACAUUCAUCCAUGAGUGAUUCCAUCAAUGGUGUUUUCAUGGGCAAGAACACCACGUCUGGCGAGAAACAUCAAGAAAUGAGUUCUAUGCCUAUGCUGUCUUCUAGGAAUGCCAGUCUGAGGCCUGAAGAUUCCAAUUUCCUCUUCAAACAUCAAAACCCUUUUGAAAAAUCGUCAUACAACGAGUUUGGUUUUGUUCCAUCCGAGUCACUGCUCAACCCUUCUCCACAUGGAGGAUCAUCUCGCUCAGUAUACCUUUCUGAUCAAGCAACCGAAGCUCCAUCCCAUCACCAGCUUCUCCAGUUUAUGGACAACUGUCCUCAAAACCCUUCUCUUGCAGGAUCCUCGGAUUUCUUGUCAAGAAACCGGGGAAAAACUGCAACAACCACUCUAAGGUUGUCGUAUGAAUCAGACACUGUCCCAAUGGGAUUAGGAGUGCAAGGUGGGAGUAGCAGUAACAUACCUCUUUCAUGGGACAGUUCCAUUGGAGGUCCACUUGGGGAGGCGUUGCACAACAGCAGCCAAUCAUCACCUACUGGAGUUCUGCAGAAGACAACCUUUGUGUCCAUGUCCAAUAGCAGCACGGGAAGCAGCCCGAGAGCAGACAGCGGUAGGGUCUAUGAAGGGUCGAGCUUUUGCACCGACAUGCUCGGGCCAGUUCCUAGCCUUGUCCACUGCUCUUGGUCUGUACCUCCCUAAACUAAUGAUGAUCCAAGGGAGAUGUACUAUGAAAAAAAAACCAUUUUGUUUGGGAGACUGGUUAUGCUUUUUGUUCCUUUGUUUUUUAAAGUAGGCUUCUAACUUUUGGCUAGGUAUUCACCAUUCCUGUUAUGUAGGAGCUCAAGGGGCACUUGGUUUCAUGUUAACCAUUUGCAAUGUUGUAGUUGAGGAUUAUGUAACAGUCUCUGUUUUGGAAAAAGGAUUUUGACAU